GCAUUGCCAUCUGGAGCCGCUGCGCGGCUGGCCACAGUGAAGGCGCCGAGCAGCCAGAGCGCACGCAGGGCUGGAGGGAGCGCAGCCUCCGCCGCCACCGCCGCGGCGGCACAUGGGCCGGCCCCGCCGCCGCCGCCGCCGCCGCCCCUAGCAGACCCCGUCUCGCAGCCUCCCGCAGCUCCGGCCACCCGACCAGCCAUGUCUUUCAGCGGAGCCUCCGAGUGCAGCGUCCCGGCCACCAAGAUUGAAAUUACCGUGUCCUGCCGCAACCUGCUGGACCUCGACACCUUCUCCAAGUCCGACCCCAUGGUGGUGCUUUACACGCAGAGCCGGGCCAGCCAGGAGUGGCGGGAGUUCGGACGGACCGAGGUGAUCGACAACACACUGAACCCAGACUUCGUGCGCAAAUUCGUCCUCGACUACUUCUUUGAGGAAAAGCAAAAUCUGCGCUUCGAUGUGUACAACGUCGACUCCAAAACCAACAUCUCCAAACCGAAGGAUUUCCUGGGCCAAGCGUUCCUGGCCCUGGGAGAGGUGAUCGGAGGCCAGGGCAGCCGAGUUGAGCGACCCCUCACGGGUGUACCAGGCAAGAAGUGUGGGACCAUAUUGCUGACUGCAGAGGAGCUUAGCAAUUGUCGGGAUAUUGCCACCAUGCAGCUGUGUGCAAACAAGCUGGACAAGAAGGACUUCUUUGGGAAAUCAGACCCCUUCCUUGUGUUCUACAGGAGCAAUGAGGAUGGCACGUUCACCAUCUGCCACAAGACAGAGGUUGUGAAAAACACACUGAAUCCUGUAUGGCAGCCCUUCAGCAUCCCUGUGCGGGCCUUGUGCAAUGGAGACUAUGACAGAACGGUGAAGAUUGACGUGUACGACUGGGACCGGGAUGGAAGCCACGACUUCAUCGGUGAGUUCACCACCAGCUACCGAGAGCUGAGCAAGGCCCAGAACCAGUUCACAGUGUAUGAGGUACUUAACCCUCGGAAGAAAUGUAAGAAGAAGAAAUAUGUCAACUCGGGAACUGUGACGCUGCUCUCCUUUUCUGUGGACUCUGAAUUCACUUUUGUCGAUUACAUCAAGGGAGGGACACAGUUGAACUUCACAGUAGCCAUUGACUUCACAGCUUCCAAUGGGAAUCCCCUGCAGCCCACCUCCCUGCACUACAUGAGUCCUUAUCAGCUCAGCGCCUAUGCCAUGGCCCUCAAGGCAGUGGGAGAAAUCAUCCAGGACUACGACAGUGACAAGCUCUUCCCAGCUUAUGGCUUUGGUGCCAAGCUCCCUCCAGAGGGACGGAUCUCCCACCAGUUCCCCCUGAACAACAAUGAUGAGGACCCCAACUGCGCGGGCAUUGAGGGUGUGCUGGAGAGCUACUUCCAAAGCCUGCGCACAGUGCAGCUCUACGGGCCCACCUACUUCGCCCCUGUCAUCAACCAGGUGGCCAGGGCUGCAGCCAAGAUCUCUGAUGGUUCCCAGUACUAUGUUCUGCUCAUCAUCACUGAUGGGGUCAUCUCUGACAUGACACAGACAAAGGAGGCCAUUGUCAGUGCCUCAUCACUGCCCAUGUCUAUCAUUAUUGUCGGUGUGGGACCAGCCAUGUUUGAAGCUAUGGAAGAGCUGGACGGUGAUGAUGUGCGCGUGUCCUCUCGGGGACGCUAUGCCGAGCGCGACAUCGUUCAGUUCGUCCCAUUCCGAGACUAUGUCGACCGGUCGGGGAACCAGGUGCUGAGCAUGGCCCGACUUGCCAAGGAUGUGCUGGCGGAGAUCCCAGAGCAGCUACUGUCCUAUAUGCGCACCAGAGACAUCCAGCCUCGCCCGCCACCCCCUGCCACCCCCAGCCCAAUGCCAGCUCCAAAGCAUCCCUAAAUAGCCCACCUAACCAAUGCCCAGCAGUCUGCCCGCCUGCCCACCCAUUGCUUCUGCUCAAAAUCAGAGGCACCUGGAACCUUGGACUUCAUUGGGAGGGCAGCUUGGAGGAUCAGUAUUGGCUGGUCGAGCUCUCUGCCCCAUCACCCACAGAAGGGCCUGGCACUGUCACCGCCUCCCUGCCUCUUGCCAAUAAUAAAGCUGAUCUUUACUCCA